UUGAUUGGAGUUUGUUAUUAUAUUUAGUUUCAUAGCUAACAGGAAAUUUCAAGUUGCGUUUGGGAAUGAGUGAAUGAUAUAGAUUUUGAAAAGUCUUGUUGGGCUCCUAAAACCUAGUCCAUGAGAAGUGAAAAAUUUCCCGCGUCUGUCCACGGGCGUUGUGAAAUAUAUAAAAUGUAACACAGAUUGUGGAAAUGACUAAACACAAACAAGCCAUCGACUUGGACAAUAUUCUUAAGGAGCUGAAGUACGGUCGGCAUCAGAAGCAGAACUACUGCCUCAUACUUAUAGUGGUUAUAUUCAGCGCCGUGUACAACAGCCAGUACAUCUUUGCUGCGAAGGAUGUCAACGCGAGAUGUCGAGUCCCGGAAUGCGAGGCCGAUCCACCCAUUUUCGAUACCAAGCAUUGGGGAGCGUGGGCCCUCCCAGAUAGUAGAGGGCGCUGCGAGAGAUUCCUUCCCAUUGGAAACACUUGCGCCGCGGGAUCCUUUCAUCCGACGGAGACAAAGAGAUGCUCCAGCUGGAUCUAUGAGAAUCAUGAUAGUAUUGUCUCGACGUUCGACCUCGCCUGUGAGGAGUGGAAGCGGACCCUAGUGGGUACUAUACACAGCGCAGGAUUGUUCAUAGCCCUUCCUCUGACCGCUUUUAUAUCCGACAAUUUCGGACGUCGCAUCGCUUUUAUCGCGACGGCUGUGGCCCCGGCUCUUGUGGGUUUAGGACGUUCCUUCACUCAAGACUACGUCUCAUAUGUGGCUCUCGAAUUCCUGGAUGCUGUCGUGGGGGCCGGAGUAUACAGUUCCGGAUUUAUUCUUGCUCUAGAAAUGAUGGGUCUUCAUCGGCGUGUUCUUGGAGGAAACAUAAUUUCCUGCACUUUUGCCAUCGGACAAGCUAUAGUCGCUUUAAUAGCCUGGGCCAUACCCGAGUGGAGAACUCUCACGAGAGUGCUAUACGCGCCCUCCUUACUCUUCAUAUUUUAUAUAUUUUUAAUUGAAGAAAGUGUAAGAUGGCUUCUGAGCAAGGGGAAGAAGAAGGAAGCAGCAAGAAUAAUCUUUAAAGUGGCUGCUACCAAUAAAAGAAAACUUUCACCAGAAACUAUCAAGGAGCUGACAGAUGUGUCCGUUGAACAGGAAGAGGAGAAACCAUCGCUGGGAGACAUUAAUGAUCAACCGUCUCUCGCGCUGCAAGUGCUCAAGUCGCGAGUGAUCAUGAUAAGAUUAUGCAUUUGUUCCUUUUGGUGGAUAACUGUGACGUUUAUUUAUUACGGCCUAUCUAUAAACUCAGUGUCAUUGGCGGGGAACAGCUAUGUUAAUUAUAUUUUAACAGCUUUGGUAGAAAUCCCUGGUUAUUGCAUCAGUGUGUUAACUCUAGACAGAUUCGGUAGAAAAAGUUCUAUUAUGACAGCGUUCUUUAUUUGUGGAAUCUCUUUAGUAUGUCUGCCGUUCAUUCCAGGACAUGUGCAAUGGGUCCAAACGUGUCUCAACUUGUUGGGCAAAUUGUGCAUUAGCAUGGCUUUUAGCAGUAUAUAUAUAUAUACUUCGGAACUGUAUCCAACGAUGAUCAGACAGAGUUUGCUGUCUCUGUGUUCAGUCUGUGGAAGAAUCGGACAGAUUGUGGCCCCCCAAACGCCACUCUUGAUGGCGUACAUGGAAUCACUACCGUAUCUGGUGUUUGGAGCGAUGGCGGGCAUUGCUGGUCUUUUAAUGCUGCUCACGCCGGAGACGUUGAACCUGAGGCUGCCGGAUACCGUGAAGCAAGCUGAGAAUAUAGCGACGGCGCCGCGAACGAGACAUGCCACUGAUAUAAUAGUAGAUUAACGCUGCCAAGAAUCUAGUCCGAGUAGCUCAUAAGCAUUUUGUUAUAACAAAAUCGCAGACAUUAACGGAAAAGAAAUAUUUUGGUAACAGAAUAUUUUUCGUCUGUAUUACCAAUAACAUUAAAAAUACGAGAAAUAAUGGACACUUGUGACUGUAUUUGUUCUGAAACAAACUAGUCUUUGUUGUUUUUAUCCUUGACUCUUUACGUCACCAUUGUUUUAUCAGAUUUCAACGUUUGCAGAAGUUCAACAGACGCUUCUGUGAACGGAUUCGAUUUUAAUUUUGAAUCAUAACGUACAUAUUGCUAAGGGAUUGAACAAAAUCAUUAUUUGCCAACAACACGCAACUUCAAUGUGAUAUACAUAUCAUCGCUGAAACUCCUGCUACCAAACAGAAAUGUGAAUAAAAUAGUGCUAUUUGGAUUUUUGUUUAGAUUUACAACUUACUUGGGUCAAUACAUUUUUCUGGUUAAAAUUUUUACAUUUUAGUAGAAAGAACGAUUAAAAUUUUAAGAGAACAAUCUUUUAAUUAUUUAUUCAAAUAAAAUAUAGCGCAAUGCAUUGUUUCGAUUCUUGUAUGAAGGAUGUGUCUCACCUUGAUGUUUUAAAUAUUCGUAUAAUGUUGUUUUCUAUAUAUUAAUGUUGGAUUAUUUAAUACAUUCAUACAGACCUCUUGUAAUUUGUACUUUUAAAAUUAUACGGCCCAUAUUAUCUGUGUAAUAAGGUUCUACAUAAGGUUUUCUUGAUAUAUGUUCAUUAUAUUGAAACAGCAAAACGUCUGUACAUAAAUAUAAAAAGUUAAUUUUAACGAGGUGUAAAAAUAUUUAAUAUAUUUUUCUUCAGA